AUGAAAAUAUUCAUAUUUUUCUCGCUGUUCCUCGUGGCAUCGGCUGGUUUGGAUGCACAAAAAGAAGCACCGAGGUUUUAUAUCUCACUAAUGAAACAUUAUAGUUUGCGGGAUGCAGAUAUUAUUCAUGAUGACUAUACAUGGAUUUUUGCAAAUGGCACAGUUGCCCAUAGAGGUUAUUUUUCAUUGAGAUUUCUCAGUUUAAAUCUAGCCAAUGUUCCAGAUUAUGAGUUAGAAGAUAUAAAUUCAAGAACUUCAGAAGAAGUCAAAUCAUUUGGAAAUACCUAUAAAAGCUAUGUGAAAUAUUCGGAAGGAGAUUGGGCGGCAUUUUGGGAAACCCACAUUGCGAAAUUCAGGCCUGAUGGGCUUCUGGAACUCAAAAGUUAUACGGACAAUAAAAAAUCAUCCACUUAUCUUGCAAUUCAAGAUGAAUACAUUGAAGGAGGAUAUAAAUUCUAUCGUUUUAUUAAGUAUUAG